AUGACUAAAGAAUUUUGUUUAUUAAAUCAGGCCGCUUCUCAAGCACGCAAAUUGGAAAUUAAAAAAAUGGAUAUGAAAAGACUUAAGAAUGAAAAGCUUACAGAUUUAGAAGAAGAAGCAAGAAAAACGGCUCAAGUAUUAUUACAAAAAGCAAUGGAACAAAGGCAGGAGCAAGAGGACGAGAUUAAAGCGCUUAAUGAACUUAUUUUAAACGCCAAGAUACAGGCUGUUAGAGACGCUCAGAUAAUGGAGAAGGAACAAGUAAUAAAAGAAGUUGUUGACGAGGAAAGACGUCUGGACGAUAUGAUGGAAGUGGAACGCAAAAAUGCUAUUAAAAUUCAAGAAGAGAUAGAAAAAAAGAAAAAAGAGCAGGUAAUGCUUUUCGUGAUUAUUUAG